AUGAGAUAUCUGUGCAAGUCGAUCCUUCUCGCGGUGCACACGAUACUGUUAGUGUGCUCUGCUGAACCAUCGGAUGACAAGUAUGCUCUAUUGCACGUUAGUGCACACGAUGCACAAUCCCUACAUCUCAUUAAACAACUUCAACUAAACGAUUACAAAUAUGAUCUCGACUUUUGGAAAUCUCCUUCUUCAAUCUCUGACAAAGCUGAUAUAAUGGUGAAGCGUGGAAAGCCCGAACGAAUGCUUCGACAGAUACUCUCUUUCGCAAAUGUAACAAUAUCAAUGUCGGUACCUGAUGUUGAAAAAUUAAUCAUGAGAAACGAAGGGACCACUUCAAAAUCUCUUAUGGGAUCCUUCUCAAAAUGGCUUCACGAUGAUCCAAUAUUGGAUAGUGAACCUGACCUAGAUUUGACUAAAGUUGGAACAUUGAAAAAAGCGAAAUAUCCUUUUGGAGAUUACGCUUCUUAUGCUGAUAUGGUCAAGUACAUGAGAACUAUUGAGUUCUAUUAUCCAAGAAUUGCAAAGAUUGUCCGGAUUGGAGCAACUCAUGAAGGCAAACCAAUUGAGGGAUUGAAGAUUGGAGCAAGAAGUUCUCAUAAGAAAAGAGCAGUAUGGGUUGAUGGAAACAUUCAUGCUAGAGAAUGGGCUAGUAGUCACACAGCUCUUUAUUUCAUCAAUCAGCUUGUAUCUGGCUACGGAGAAGACCCACAAAUCACGAACUACGUGGACACUCUUGACUUCUACAUCGUUCCAUGUCUCAACCCAGAUGGAUAUGAAUACACACGUAGCUCUCCUAUUCCAAGUGUCCGUCUCUGGAGAAAGAAUCGAUCACCAGAAGUAUGUCGUCCAUCUCUAUGGGGUGGAGAGAAGUGUUGUCAGGGUGUGGAUCUCAACAGAAACUUCCGAUUCCACUGGGCAGAGCGUGGAUCUUCCUAUGAGCCAUGUUCGAAUAUCUAUCACGGAGAAGAAGUAUUCAGUGAGCCAGAAACGAAAGCAAUUCGGAAUUUCCUGGCUACACCCGAUAUGAAAGAUCGAUUGGAUGCAUUUGUGACACUUCACUCGUAUGCUCAGUUAUGGAUUUAUCCAUAUAGUCAUGAGGAGCAGAACUAUCCAGAGGACAUUGGAGAAUUGAGAAAGACAGCCAGAAAAGCAAUCAACAGAUUGUCACGAGUUUAUGGAACUAAUUAUAGAAUGGGAACUGGAGCCGAUACUUUAUGUAAGCUAGAUAAUGAAUUCAAUCUUGACAACCAAUUGAUUUCAGCCCCAGCAGCUGGAGGAUCUGAUGACUGGGCUAAAUCGGCUCUCGCUGUAAAAUAUGUCUACCUAAUUGAACUCCGUCCACAAAUGGAAUGUAAGCUAUUCUCAUUAUCCUCUUUUCCGUUUCUUAUAACUUUCACAAUUUCAGUAUCCAAUGGAUUCAUUCUUCACAAAAAAGAGCUCAUUCCAACUGCUGUCGAGACCUUUGAAGGGUUUAGAGAAGUCGUCGACGCUGUACUCGUUCUCAAUAAUCCCACGUCAUCUGCUUCUGCCGCAUCUGGAGCAUCGAAUUCUAGGAAAACGAUUUCAGAUUCACAAAUGAGAAAGCAAAGAAUGAGACUUCUGGCUUCCCAAGCGGCAAGAAGUACGCAGACAUCUAGGGCUACAACGACAACAACCAAAAUGACGACUACAUCUGAAGCAGAGACCACUAGUGCAGCGACCUCUUCCAAGCCAAGUCGUCAUUUUGAUCGUUUCACUGCUGAUCCCAACUCAUCUACUCGUGCUCGGCCAACACCUCCAAUGGCUCCUCCAAUCAUGUCUUCUUCAACAGAAUUCUCAACAACUACAGAAGAGGAAGCAACAGAAAUCAUCUCGACGUCUUCAAUUUCAUCCCGAGCAACUACCCGAUUUGGAUUCUACACUGCCACCAAACCAUCAGCUUUUCUGGAUCCAGAGUGCAGGGAUAUGAGAUAUUCUUGUGGAUUUUGGCUGAAAAACAACAAACAAGUGUGCGAGGAACAGCAAUCAUUCAUGCGUGCUCAAUGUGCCUACACCUGUAAAUUCUGCACAUCUUUCAUCAAACGACACUAA